GGCUGUUCGCAUCGUUUGCAUCGGAAAAUUUUGUAAAUUAUUUCAUUACUUGUUCAUAUUAAGACGUAAAAUUUACCAUGAGGCCUUUCCGAAAUGGAAAUGAUAGCAGCCGUGGGCGGAACUAUCCAACCAACGACGGUCCAUUGCUCCAGAACGAAUUACAGAAUUUGGACAUGGAAUUGGAAAUUUUAAAAAGGCAACGUGAAAUAAUAUUCAAGCAAAGACAAGUGGAAAACCAGUUGUUCUCUCAGAGGCUGAAUACGUUCAAUGAACACCCCUCUUCGUCGUUUGGCCGUCCGGAACCAAAAAGCUAUAGCAACAACUAUAGCGACAAUUAUAACCCCAGUAGCUCGAAGAGCUACAAACGUCCAUCCGAUAGGAGCUACGACCAACCACCGCCCAAACAGAGUCGCAAUGAUUGGGCUGAUAGCAAAUAUAAACCCAAGCCACUAAUGAACGUCACAACACAGCAAUUUAAAAAGGCCAAGCCCUUCCCAAAUAAACCCAAAGGGUUCGAGCCCAGGGCUAGCACCGCACCAAGUUUCAGACCGCAAAAAGUUCCUGAAAGAACUCAGGUCAGUCCCAAAGACACUGCAAUACUGGCUAAGAAGAAAGUUUUCACGCACGAGGACGUUUUGCGUCCUGGCGUCCAACCCAACCCCUCCAUGAAUGGACGACUCGAGUUGGCCCUCGGGGAAAUCUUGAAACGCAUUAAGACCUCCCCGCAGCUGACCGAAGACCAAAGGAAACGGUUGAUGCUGUCGUCCAGCAUGAGAAACGUGAAGUCUCUCGUACGUAAGAGAAUACACGACGUCAUGAUGAACAAACAAGUCAGGACGAAGGCAGAAAUCGAGGGAGUUUAUAAAAAGAAAUAUAAGAAGGACGUUGAUAGUGAAAUUAUUGAGGCCAUUGAGAUGACCUAUGCUAAGGCAGAGCAUAAGAAAAAUGUGCCGAUAGUGAUAAAGAACAUAAGCGGACCGGAGACAGAGAGAAUACACAAGUUCUUCAAAUCCAAGAUCAAUAUGCUACUCAAAAAUAAAAUGCAGAACAUGAUUGAUAGUCUUUUAAAAAUUCAUGGUGACAAUGAGGACGAAAUAUUUGAGUGUUUAAAAGAUCUGCCAGACCUUGAAAAAAGGGAAGAAGUAGAUACAAGUAAAGAUGAAGCUGAUGUUGAAAUGACAUCAGGUGAUGCCGCAAAUAAACCACAAGAAGAUGUUGUUGAAUCAGCUGAAAAUGAGAAUAAUACUGCAGUAGAAGAUGCAGACAAAGCCAAUAAUGACGCUACAAAUGUUGAAGCAGCAAACGAAACUGCAGACAAUAAAACAAUUGAUCUAACAAGUGAAGAGAAUGGAACUGAGAAGCCGGAAACAGACAGAAAGGACGAAAAGAGGAUUAAACUCAAACAAUAUUACAAAUUAAUGGAUUUGCUGAUCGAAAACAGAUUACCAAAACUGCUGCUUAAUUUUAAGGACGAAUUCGCCAAAGUGAUGUAUUGUGAGAAAGACUUCAUUGUUGCGAAGGAAAUGAUCAUGAGAGAACUGAAAGAGACUCUACGCCAAUCAUUGUACGAUGCGAAUAAUAUUAUGACUGAAACCAAUGACGCUGACAAGUCGACCAAUCAGGAGUCAGAUGCUCUUGAGAAUACAUCAGAGAAAGAGACAGAAAAUAAUAAAGCAGAUGAGCAGGUGAAUACGCAAAUUGUGUUCAAACCAACUCAAGGAGAACAAAAGACACAGAUGUAUGUAAUGCUACUAGGAAAGCCUUCUCUGCCAGCCAAGGCACUAAUUUACGAUUUCCUCAGCAAAUUUAAUCCAAAAUCGAUUAAAAAACACAAAACCGUAAAUAAUCUACUUGUUGUUGGUUUCGAAAGUAAAGACGAUUAUGAUAGAAUUCUAAAAGAAAAUGAGACUAAAGUUGGUGAUGCUACAUUUAUAAUAAAGGCAAACGAAGUGAUUGCAUCUGACAAACAAAAAGAAAAGACUGCAGAUAAGAUUGAUAGUGACGUAAAUAUCAGUCAGAAGACUGAAGAAGUCAACAAAGAAGAUAAGGAAAAUGAAACAAAAGAAACAGAACCGACUAACAAUGAUGAAGUUGAAGAAACCAAUGAUGAAAAUGUCGAUAAAACAGAAGAAGUAACGGAAAAUACAGGAGAAAAUAAAGAAAAACUGGAUGAUAGCUCUCAAGCUAACGACGGUAAUUCCACUGAAAAUAAUGACGUGAAAGAAACUUCAGAUGACACUAAUGACAUAACUGAAGUGACAGAUAAAAGCGAUGAAGUAAAAGAAGUAGAAAAUGUUGACGAAAGCAAUGAACUCAAAGAAGUAGCUGAUGAAAACAAGGAAAUGGCUAGCGGAAAUGGUGAGGAAAAAGAAGAAAUAUCUAAAGACGUUGACAUGAGCGAAGGAGGAGAUCAAAAUAAAGAAGUGAACAAUUUAGAAACGAUACAAGAAACAGAGGAGACGGAUAAAGCGAAAGCUAGGGCAAAAGCCGUCGCUACUCCUACACGGUUAUCCUCGAGAUUAGCUAAUGUUACACCUAGUACCAUCAAGACUAGACGAGCCAGCCGUUUAGCUCAAUAGUUUUUACAGUAGUAUAAGGGCGAGUGCUCACUCAAGACAAGUCUUAAGACAUUAAUAACACUGCGCCUUUCAAUUUCGCCAAGCUGUGUUAAAGUUAAAGACCUCGGAAUUAAAAUUCUAUGUAAAAGCAUUUAAAUCAUAUUACAAUUUACACAUUACGAAUAAUAGAUUAGGAUAGUUUUUUUAGAUAUUUGAAUAACACACUCAAGGACGUUGACAUAAUAGCCGGACGGAUCGCCAUCAAGAAAAAGUGAAGCAUAACAAUGGCGCCGUUUUCACUAUGUGUGAGAGAAUUGAGUGUUGCCAUAUAUGUAAAAAAUUUCCCCGACUAUAUUUCGUUCCAGAAUUAAUUUGACGAAGUUGUUUCACGGGUCAAAAUGUCUUCUGUCAAAAGCUAUAAAUACUCGACAUGUUAAUAAUACUUCCUCUAAUUCUGUAACAACAUAAUAAAGUGCGACAACUGACAAGGCUUUAAAUGAAUGUGGGCGCUGCUGGUAAAGGA